AUGGACGAAGGAUGCGGCAGCAAAGGUACUCCUCAACUACAACAUCAGAAAAAGAAAGCAAGCUCAGCCAACGAAAAAGAUAAGGACUACCACCGUCGUCGUCGUUGUCCAGUUAGUAAAUGCCACUCCAUCGUCUUUCGUUUACCUGUCCAUUUACGAAAGGUACACAACAUGAAGGAUAAUUUUAAAGAAUAUUUCGAAACUUUGGCGAGUGGCCACAUUUGUAUUGGACAAAAAGAAUCUGACAAUUCUUUGGAAGGAAGAACAUGA